AUGUCUUCCACUCCACGACUUGAGUGCGCCGAUGUCGACGCCAGUCCUCUGGGCCAACCCCUGCAAUUUGAAUUUUCCGGCCGCAGUGCACCAAACCGUUUCCUGAAGGGUGCUAUGAGUGAGCGUCUCGCCUCAUUCUCUCUCAAAGAUGUCAAUGCACGUGGUAUCCCUUCAGCCGAACUGAUCCAAGCCUACAAGAGCUGGGGCGAAGGCCAAAUAGGAAUCAACCUGACAGGAAAUGUGAUGAUCGACCCCGGCCACCUAGAAGCAGCCGGAAACCCAGUGAUUCCGCAAAAGGCAGAGUUCUCCGGCGAGCGGUUCGACCGUUUCAAGGACCUCGCCACAGCCGGAAAGGCCAAGGGCUGUCUCAUCAUUGCCCAGGUUGGACACCCUGGUCGUCAGACUCCCGAGUACCUGCAGCCGAACCCAAUCAGUGCCAGUGAUGUGCAGCUGAAGGCUGAUACGAUGGGUUCAUUUGCUAAGCCCCGUGCUGCUACCGAAGAGGACAUUGCCAAUGUCAUUGACGGCUUUGCUCAUGCUGCAGAAUACCUUGAUAAGGCUGGCUUCGAUGGUAUCCAGCUGCACGGUGCUCAUGGAUAUCUUCUUAGCCAGUUCUUGUCUCCUACUACUAACCUCCGAACUGAUAAGUACGGCGGUGACUUGAAGAACCGUAUGCGGUUGAUCUUGGAGGUUAGAGAUGAGAUCGCGAAGAGAGUUCGUAAGGACUUUGUUGUCGGUAUCAAGAUCAAUAGUGUUGAGUUCCAGGCGAAGGGCUUCCAGCCUGAUGAGGCCAAGGAGCUUUGCCAGGCUCUUGAGGAACAUGCUUUCGACUUUGUCGAGUUGUCUGGUGGCACUUAUGAGAACUGGCCCUUGGCUAACCAGAAGCGGGAGUCGACCAUCGAGCGGGAAGCAAGCUAUCCUAAUGUCAACCAGUUCUUUUUGGAAUUCGCCAAGCUCAUCGUCCCUGCUUUGAGCAAGACAAAGACCUACGUGACAGGUGGUCUGAAGACUGUCGAGGGCAUGGUCAAAGCGCUCAACACAGUCGACGGAGUCGGUAUUGGCCGCGCUCUCUGCCAAGAGCCAAACCUUUGCGCACAUAUCCUGUCCGGACAGGUUAAAGGUGCCCUGCUUCAAAAGCUGAACAUGUUGGACUUUGGCGCCACAGCUGGUGCGGCCGGUCUUCAGAUCACGCAGAUGGGCAAUGGAUUGCAGCCCAUCGACCUCUCCAAGGAGGAGAAUGUGGCAAAACUCUUUGCUACCCUGGGUGCCUGGGCUGCUGCCAGAAAGGAGAACUUGGAGAUGUAUCAGUUCCCUGUUCUGCCUGAUUAUAGUGUUCCCUACUCCAUUGUGGUCCUCUGA